AUGCGGGUCUGGAGCUCCGAGAGGGUCCUGAUGUCACCGAAGCCUUAUAAAGAGGAAAUGACCGGGAACAUGGGCCGGAGACCACCCGGCCCGCUGCGCUGCGGGUCCUCGCUUUCCCUCCAGAGCCUAGGUCGCGCCCUCCCCGCUGGGCAGGAUUUAGCUGGAGAUCUAAGCCACAGCGGCCUCGGGAGAGCGUGUCCGAGCCGACCACGCGGCCAACACGUGUGGCGGCUCAGGGACCCUAGGGCUGGUGGCGUGGUCGGCAUGACCACCCGUCCCUGGGGCCGCCUCCAGGAGCUCCGGGGGGGAAUGAGUCCGGCCCGCGUGAGCGGCCUCGUGCCCCCCGAGCUCCCCCCGGGCCGUACACCUGGCCCAUCCCCUCCUCUGGGACCCCGCGAUCCCCCCGCGGCGCCGGUCACUAUCCAGCUGCAGCGUGCACCUGCUGGUGGGCGGAGCUCAGCACUUCCCAGCGGGAGGAGGGCGGGAGCCCGAGGGUCGCGCCUGGCGGGCCGAGCCGCCUGCGCUUACACUAAUGGGCGUGGAGGGGGUGUGGCCACACUGCCCCGCCCACCGCCUCACGCGGGGCUGAGGCCUCGGCGGGGGGGCGGGGCUUCCUGGAUGUGCGGGCUUCUGGCCAAUGGGUGCUGUGACGGGCGUGGCCGCAGUGUGGUGGGGGGUGAAGGGGUGAAGCUGCGGGGGCUCCUUGGGUCCUUUCCCGGCUCCUCCAGAUCCCCGGGAGCCCGGCUGCCCUCUGCCUUCUGGGCUUGCCGCUGUGGGUCCCGCCAGGCUCGCCCUCUGCACGUCGCCGAGUCCUGUGGCCCCGCGCCCUCCUCUGCCCUCCAAGCCGGGGCCCGCAGACCCUCGUUGCCGACCUGUCGUCUACCGCAGCUCCUGCGCCGCCAGCUCCUGAGACAGGAUGCCGCUGUCAAGAGGCAGAGUGGGUCUGGGGGACCGUUCCGGGGGCGCGGGGCACAGCCGGAUUCUGGGACCCCGGGGUUCAUCCGUUCCCUAGUACGCGGCACGGGAUCGUCUGUGCCGCCAGAGAGCAGCCACCACGCCACCGCCCCUCACACCACCUUCCUGCCCCGCUCCCCUGGGCAUGGCUCUCCGGGCCCUUCUCUGCUUCUGCAGGACGGGGAACUCCCCCGGCAGCAAGUGACGGGGACACUGGUCCUUGCUGUGUUCUCUGCCGUGCUUGGCUCCCUGCAGUUUGGCUAUAACAUUGGGGUCAUCAAUGCCCCACAGAAGGUGAUUGAACAGAGCUACAAUGAGACAUGGCUGGGUAGGCAGGGGCCCAAAGGGCCCAGCUCCAUCCCGCCAGGCACCCUCACCACCCUCUGGGCUCUCUCUGUGGCUAUCUUUUCUGUGGGCGGUAUGAUCUCCUCCUUCCUCAUUGGCAUCAUCUCCCAGUCGCUGGGAAGGAAAAGGGCUAUGCUGGUCAACAAUGCCCUGGCAGUGCUGGGGGGUGCCCUCAUGGGUCUGGCCAACACCGCUGCCUCCUAUGAGAUGCUCAUUCUUGGACGGUUCCUCAUCGGUGCCUAUUCAGGGCUGACGUCGGGGCUGGUACCCAUGUACGUGGGGGAGAUCGCCCCCACUCACCUGCGGGGUGCUUUGGGGACACUCAACCAACUGGCCAUCGUCAUUGGCAUUCUGAUUGCCCAGGUGCUGGGCUUGGAGUCCAUGCUGGGCACUGCCACCCUUUGGCCACUGCUCCUGGGCCUCACAGUGCUGCCUGCUGUCCUGCAGCUGGUUCUGCUGCCCUUCUGCCCGGAGAGCCCACGCUACCUCUACAUUAUCCGGAACCUGGAGGGGCCUGCCCGCAAGAGUCUGAAGCGCCUGACUGGCUGGGCUGAUGUAUCUGGAGCGCUGGCAGAGCUGAAGGAGGAGAAGCGGAAGCUGGAAUGUCAGCAGCCACUGUCCCCGCUCCAGGUCCUGGGCAGCCGCAUCCACCGGCAGCCACUCAUCAUUGCAGUUGUGCUGCAGCUGAGCCAGCAGCUCUCGGGCAUCAACGCUGUUUUCUAUUAUUCAACCAGCAUCUUCGAGACGGCAGGGGUAGGACAGCCAGCCUAUGCCACCAUAGGAGCUGGUGUGGUCAACACAGUCUUCACCUUAGUUUCGGUAUUCUUGGUAGAGCGGGCUGGACGCAGGACACUCCACCUCCUGGGCCUGGCAGGAAUGUGUGGCUGUUCCAUAUUGAUGACUGUGGCUCUGCUUCUGCUGGAGCGGGUUCCAGCCAUGAGCUAUGUCUCCAUCGUGGCCAUCUUUGGCUUUGUGGCCUUCUUUGAGAUUGGCCCUGGCCCCAUCCCCUGGUUCAUCGUGGCCGAGCUCUUCAGCCAGGGACCCCGUCCAGCAGCCAUGGCUGUGGCUGGCUUCUCCAACUGGACCUGCAACUUCAUCAUUGGCAUGGGCUUCCAGUAUGUUGCGGAGGCUAUGGGUCCCUACGUCUUCCUUCUAUUUGCGGCCCUCCUGCUUGGCUUCUUCAUCUUCACCUUCUUAAAAGUGCCCGAGACCCGAGGCCGGACAUUUGACCAGAUCUCAGCUGCCUUCCGCCGGACCCCUUCUCUUUUAGAGCAGGACAUAAAGCCCAGCACGGAACUGGAGUACUUAGGGCCAGAUGAGAAUGACUGAGGGGCAAGGCAGAGGGAGAGCCAACCUCCCUGUCCCCCCAGAGAGCCCAUCCUUUCCUUCCUCUGCAGCACUUUAACCCUCUCUUCCCCAGUACUUCCAGGGUGGAGAAAUCCCCUUCAGCCUGGUAGAAUUGGGAAGCUGGAGGGAAGGGUGGUCUAAGCACCCCCUUACUCGCCUCGUGUGACUCUUGGAUUAUUUGUGUUGUGGUUAGGCUGUGGCCAUCGGGAUGGGCCAGUUCCCUCUCUCCCCCUUCCUCCAUAGCCCAGCCCCUUCCUCCCCAGCCUCAGCUCCAGGAUAUUUCCUGUGGCUAGAGGGGGGCAUUGGAAGGAGGGGAGCCUCUAGGACUGACUUUUUCAGUAGGGGCUGAAACUGAAGCAGAGGGCAGGGUGGGUGAAGUCAAGUUUCCUGCCACCUUAGACUCCUCCCAGGAUCUGGAACUCUGAAUUCUGGCCACCUAGGCUCUGGGGGCAGGGGGCUCUCAGUCUCAACCCCUCCAGGGCAGAGGACACACCCCUCCCCAGGCCUGAUUUCCCCUCUCACUGUAGGCUCAGCCCUCUCAGCCAGCCUUCCCAGGGCGGCGGUGGGCGACAGGGAACACGAGAGUACAUGCCAGUGUGUGGCAAGAGGAAGGGACCGCAGGCUCCUGUCUCUAGACUUAAGGUUCCGGGCCUACCUGAUUGCUUACCAAGGCUGCCAAGUGAGGGCCCAGCUUGUUCCUCCUCUCCCAUCCUGGAAGGAUGCUGUACCCACAGGCUUUUGACCAGCUAAGGAGGAGAAGGGGUUUGAAAGGCUGCCUCUAUAAACACUGGGCUGGGAAGAGCCUUAUUUUUGUAUGCUUGACAGAGGAGUAGCGAUAAGAAACCAAGGGUCUGUUGUACUAAAUGUAUAUAUCUGUAUCUCUCUAUGUAUAAAGUCACUGUAUGAACACCAGUGUCCUGUUGUGGAAACAGUCAAGGGUGGGCUGAGACAAGGAUAAUAACUGCCCCCAA